AUGCGAGCAGUGAAGCUUACAACCGAGAAUGGAGAACUUGAACGUCCUGAACAACACCUUUAUCCCUUAGAGUUGUCCUGCGACGUACAGAAGGAAAAGAAGAAAGGCUCGGAAUUAAACGCCCCGACAUUCCGUCAACGAAGAGAUGUGUCAGUCGCAGCAAAUGAUAGGAUCCAGGAGAAAAAAUGGAACUCGAACA